AGUUCUACUGCAUCACUAUUGGUUCAAGUGUCCAUUUUUGUUUAGACAUCUGAAUUGCAGCGAAUUGUUUAAUCUUUUAAUUAAUCUCUUGAUUUUAUACCAGUGGUAAUUAUGAGUGACAUCUAACUGCUACUCAACUUUCAAUUUUCUAAUAGUCUCAUAAAGCACACAAAGCAGGCCGGAGGUGCACCGACAGCGCGCGGCAUCCAACCGUAUUUCCUCUGGCUGCAUCGAGACGUCGCUAAUACCAGACUUCCGGCUGAAAAUCCGCUGUUAGGAAGGAAGAAGGUUUUAACGAAGCUUUCCAAGCAAACAUGUUCGCAACGUGCUCGCUGGGAUUUGGCGUCGUUUUCCUACUUGUAAUCUCUGCAAGUGGCGAAUCUGCGGAGCAGAAUCUGCAGUUCCCACCGAACUUUCUCCUGGGAGUUGCGACAGCCGCAUACCAAAUAGAAGGAGCUUGGAACGUGAGCGAUAAAACAGAAAGUACCUGGGAUCGGUUCUCCCAUUACCAAAAUGGCGCCAUUUACAAUAACCACACUGGAGAUAUUGCAACCGACUCUUACAACAAAUACAAGGAGGAUAUCGCCAUUUUGAAGAAGCUCGGGUUCAAAGCGUACCGGUUCUCCGUCAGCUGGCCAAGGAUUCUUCCAACUGGCUACUCGAACUACGUAAGCAAAGAUGGCGUCCGGUUCUACCAUGACUUCAUCGAUGAGCUGUUAGCGAACAACAUCGAGCCCAUGUUAACGAUCUAUCACUGGGAUCAUCCACAAGUGCUGGAAGAUGCCGGUGGCUGGUUGAACUCCGAAAUGGUGGACUGGUUCGCCGAUUACGCUAGGGUCGUGUUCCGCGAAUACGCGCCGAAGGUGAAAAUGUUCAUCCCAAUAAACGAACCCUCUGCCGUUUGCAAGAACAGCUACUCCCACGGCAUAUACGCGCCUGGCAAAACUCUGAACGGAUUCGGCGAGUACCUGUGCACGCACAACGUAAUCAAGGCACACGCGAAAGCCUACAGGAUCUACGAGGCCGAGUUCAAGGAAACCUACAAAGGCAUAAUAGCUGGCAUGCCCAGAUCUCACACGGAUAUCGACGCUGUUGAGAAUUAUUUCCAGUUUAACGCCGGUUGGACGAUGCACCCUAUCUACUCCAAGGAUGGCGAUUACCCUCCUCUAAUGAAGAGCUUGGUGGCUAAUAAAAGUAUGGAGCAAGGUUACUCCAAAUCUCGUCUACCAACCUUUACUUCGGAAUGGGUCACUUACAUACGAGGAACCUCAGACUUUUUGGCCGUCAAUCACUAUACCACGAGGCUAGUUACAGCUGGCUCAAUGGGAAAAGUACCAUCUCACGAGAAUGACCAAGGAGUGAAAGAGAUCGUGGAUACACUCUGGAAACCUGCAGCUUCCACGUGGCUGAAGGUUGUACCUGAAGGCUUUCGGUUCGUUCUUCGCCAGUUGGCGGAGAAUUAUGGCAAUCCACCGAUGUACAUCACGGAGAACGGUGUUUCUGAUUUCGGAGCAUUGAAUGAUGACGACAGAAUCAAUUAUUAUCGCGAAUACUUGAAACAAAUGCUUAACGCCAUUUACAACGAUGGCGUGAAUAUACGAGGAUACAUCCUGUGGUCGCUUCUUGAUAAUUUCGAAUGGAACAUGGGGUACCAUGAACGGUUUGGCAUCGUGUCUGUCGACUUCAAUGACCCACAAAGGCCACGAACACUGAAGAAGUCUGCCUCCUGGUGGCAAAGUAUUAUAGCAUCUGGGAAGGUCGAGUGAAUUGAACCAACAUCAUCGACUAUUCAUUAACAAGUAACAGAACUCAACAGAUUUUAAAUAUAGAAGCAUCCGUUCAUCUUAAAUCAUGCGCAACUUCUAUUCACGAGCAUUCUAUAUGCAACUUCCAUUAUUUUAAUAAAAUAAUUUAAAAAUUA